AUGAUCGAGUCAUUCGCGAUUCAAGCGUCGGACCCCGAAAACGCGAGGACCGGACAUGAGUUCCAUAUCUGCUUUGACCGUUGCGAGCCACGUCUUGAGUUGACUACCUCGGCCCUUCCCUCAACGCGUUUGGCGCCACCAGUUUACGGACGAACUCAUCACCAGGCCGCCGCAACACGUGGCCGAACCACCGGAGUCUCCUUCCUUUGUCCCGCGACGCCAAACCCGUUCGGAAAUAUUUAUCUAUUCUCAAUCGGUUCCUACCUAUCUAUCUAUCUAUCUAUCUAUCUAUCUAUCUAUCUCAGUCUGUUCCUAUCUUUCUCAGUCUGUUCCUAUCUAUCUAUCUAUCUAUCUAUCUAUCUAUCUAUCUAUCUCAGUCUGUUCCUAUCUAUCUAUCUAUCUAUCUAUCUAUCUAUCUAUCUAUCUAUCUAUCUAUCUAUCUAUCUCAGUUUGUCCCUAUCUAUCUAUCUAUUCAUUCUAUCUAUCUAUCUAUCUAUCUAUCUCAGUCUGUUCCUAUUUCAUCUAUCUAUCUCAGUCUGUUCCUCUAUCUAUCUAUCUAUCUAUCUAUCUAUCUCAGUCUGUUCCCAUCUAUCUAUCUAUCUAUCUAUCUAUCUAUCUAUCUAUCUAUCUAUUCCUAUCUCAUCUAUCUAUCUAUCUAUCUAUCUAUCUAUCUAUCUAUCUCAUCUAUCUCAGUCUAUCUAUCCAUCUAUCUAUCUAUCUAUCUAUCUAUCCAUAUCUAUCUCAGUCUGUUCCUAUCUAUCUAUCUAUCUAUCUAUCUAUCUAUCUAUCUAUCUAUCUAUCUCAGUCUGUUUCUAUCUAUCUAUCUAUCUCUCUAUCUAUCUCAGUCUGUUCAUAUCUAUCUAUCUAUCUAUCUAUCUAUCUAUCUAUCUAUCUAUCUAUCUAUCUAUCUCAGUCUGUUUCUAUCUAUCUAUCUAUCUCUCUAUCUAUCUCAGUCUGUUCAUACCUAUCUAUCUAUCUAUCUAUCUAUCUAUCUAUCUCAGUCUGUUUCUAUCUAUCUAUCUAUCUCUCUAUCUAUCUCAGUCUGUUCAUACCUAUCUAUCUAUCUAUUUAUCUCAGUCUGUUCAUACCUACCUAUCUAUCUAUCUAUCUAUCUAUCUAUCUAUCUAUCUAUCUAUCUAUCUAUCUAUCUAUCUAUCUAACCCUGGUCAUAUCUAUCUACAUCUUCCUCAUGAUAACAGCGUUCAACUAUCGCAGAUCUAUCUAUCUACCCAGGUCGGGUUCUAUAUAGUUGUCUGUGAAUGUUUGUUUCUAUCUAUCUAUCUAUCUAUCUAUCUAUCUAUUGCUGAUUUUAUCUGUUUGUCUAUUUAUCUUUGUCUGUUUCUAUCUAUCUAUCUAUCUAUCUAUCUAUCUAUCUCCGUCUGUUUGUUUUUUCUUUCUAUCUAUUUAUCUCAGUCUGUUAAUAUCUAUCUAUCUAUCUAUCUAUCUAUCUAUCUAUCUAUCUAUCUAUCCCCGUCUGUUUGUUUUUUCUUUCUAUCUAUCUCCGUCUGUUUGUUUUUCUAUCUAUCUAUCUAUCUAUCUAUCUAUCUAUCUAUCUAUCUCCGUCUGUUUGUUUUUUUUCUUUCUAUCUCCGUCUGUAAAUAUCUAUCUAUCUAUCUAUCUAUCUAUCUAUUGCUGUUUUUAUCUGUUUGUCUAUUUAUCUUUGUCUGUUUCUAUCUAUCUAUCUAUCUAUCUAUCUAUCUAUCUAUCUAUCUAUCUUUACACCGAUGCUCUGUUUUGGCUGCUUAUCUAUCUAUCUAUCUAUCUAUCUAUCUAUCUAUCUAUCUAUCUAUCUAUAGACUAUCAAUAUUUCUUUCUAUCUAUUUAUAUAUCUGUCUGCCUAUCUACCUGUCUGUUUCUAUCUAUCUAUCUAUCUAUCUAUGUCUAUUUCUAUCUAUCUAUCUAUCUAUCUAUCUAUCUAUCUAUAAACAGACUAUCAAUAUCUCUUUCUAUCUAUUUAUAUAUCUGUCUGCCUAUCUACCUGUCUAUUUCUAUCUAUCUAUCUAUCUAUGUUUAUUUUUGUCUUUUCCUAUCUAUCUAUCUAUCUAUCUAUCUAUAAACAGACUAUCAAUAUCUCUUUCUAUCUAUUUAUAUAUCUGCCUAUCUACCUGUCUGUUUUUUAUCUAUCUAUCUAUCUAUCUAUCUAUCUAUCUAUGUUUAUUUUUGUCUGUUUCUAUCUAUCGAUCAAUCUAUCUAUCUAUAAACAGACUAUCAAUAUCUCUUUCUAUCUAUUUAUAUAUCUGCCUAUCUACCUGUCUGUUUUUUAUCUAUCUAUCUAUCUAUCUAUCUAUGUUUAUUUUUGUUUGUAUCUAUCAAUCUAUCUAUAAACUGACUGUCAAUAUCUGUUCCUAUCUAUUUGUUUAUCUAUCUGUCCGUCUACCUCUCUGUUACUAUCUAUCUAUCUAUCAAGAGAUUAUCUAUUUCGGUAUCUAUCUAUCUAUCUAUCUAUCUAUCUAUUUCAGUCUAAUCAUAUCUGCUAUUCGACCUCGUAAUUAUUACGGUCUAUGA